AAUUGACGUAGUUGUCUGUGUUCAAGAUGUUGGGAUUGUUAAUAUUAUUAUUUAUAAUAUGCUAUUUAUUGAAAUAUUCGUACAGCAAAGCGUACGAGCGAGAUGACAAUUUUCCGCCAGGUCCCAUUCGUCUUCCAAUAUACGGUGGUUAUUGGAUUAUCGCUGCCAAAGCGAUUAACAAUCUCGGCUUGGCCACCAUGAGACUCGCUGAAGAGUAUAACACCAAAAUUGUGGGCAUGUACUUGGGGAAGCUGCCGCAGAUCCUGGUCAAUGACCCGGCGACUAUCAAAGAAGUGCUUUCGAGGGAAGAAUUCGAUGGUCGUCUCGACACAAUCUUGGGACGCGCUAGGUCUUAUUGGAAGAAGCUGGGAAUAUUCUUCACUGAUGGCUACUUCUGGCAUGUACAACGUCGGUACUCGCUACGUUAUAUGCGGGAUUCGGGUUUCGGGCGUCGCAGUGAAACCCUGGAGGCAGCCAUAGUCCACGACACCAAGACAAUGAUUGAUAUGGUUGUGAAUGGCACGAAAUAUCCUGCUGAAAAGGAAAUUGUCAACGGAAAUCUCAUAUAUCUCCCGCAUUUCUUCGACGUCCCCUUCAUCAAUGGUUUGCUUCACGUAUUCGUCCGGUCCACGUUGCCCCGGGAAAAGUACUCCGAACUCUGGGAGUUGGGAAAGAAGGCCCUCGUCUUCCAGAGAUGUUCUAAUGACCUCGGUGGGGCUCUGGUUAUCACGCCCUGGCUGAAGGACAUCAUCCCAAGUUUGUCCGGGUACAACGAUUUGAUAAAGGGGAACGGCGGACUCGUGAAGUUUUUUGAGACUCUUAUAAAAGAAGUAAUGGAGACACAUGAUGAGUCUUACGAUCGGCACUUCAUUGAUGCUUAUAUCACAAAAAUGAAGGAGGAAAAACGGACAAACGAACGGACUACAUACUCAGUGGAGCAGCUCGCUCUGAUCUGCACGGACUACGCCUUCCCCACGGCGAGCGCCGUCGAGAUGGUGUUGACGUUGCUGGUGGAACAGAUUUUGCUGAAACCGGAACUUCAGGAAAAGAUCCACGAGGAAAUAGACAGGGUUGUGGGGAGAGACCGCACACCAACGUUGGACGAUAGAGCUAAAAUGCCAUACACAGAGGCGUGUAUUCGAGAGAUACUGCGGUAUGAAACGUUGGUCCCGCUAGGUGUCGCCCACAGAGCCAUGGUUGAUACAAAACUGCAGGGCUAUGAUAUACCAAAGGAUACUUCGGUGUCUGUUAAUUUGCUAAGUCUACAUACGGAUAAAAAAAUAUGGGGCGACCCUGAAAACUUCAGACCUGAAAGAUAUAUCGUCGAUGGCAAGCUAGAAGUGAGGGAAGAUAAGGCGCUGCCUUUUGGAGCGGGUAGACGGCUGUGCGCCGGCGAGACUUACGCUCGGCAGGGCAUGUUUCUAGUGUUCGCUGCCUUCAUGCAAGCGUUCCACGUCUCCACAGCUGACGGCAAACCCCUGCAGAAGCCAGCCAAGAGGAUUCAGGGAAUCAUCACCACAAUACCGGAGUUUUGGGUCCGGGUGACACAGCGGAGUUGAGCGCUGAUGAGAGAAGAUUGGUUGGUAAAAAGGUAGUAAUAUUAAACGAUAAAUACCAAACAUCUA